AUAAAUAGGCAGAAACUGUCCCAGACGAACAUCACUCACUUCUUCUACUUAUCAUAAGAAACCAUAACUGCACUUGGCCUCACAGUUCAAGACAUAUUCUUCACUUAACGGAUUAAGAGAGAAUGAGAAUAUUGAAAGUAGCCACCUGCAACUUGACACAAUGGGCUAUGGAGUUUGAUAACAACUUGAAGAACAUCAAAGAGUCCAUCAGACAGGCUAAGGAAGCUGGUGCAGCUAUCCGACUCGGUCCUGAGCUCGAAGUCAGCGGUUAUGGCUGUGAAGACCACUUCCUUGAGCUCGAUACCGUCACCCAUUCAUGGGAAUGCUUGAAAGAACUUCUGGUUGGAGACUGGACAGAUGGAAUAUUAUGCAGCAUCGGGAUGGCUGUGAUCAACGGAUCAGAGCGUUAUAAUUGUCAAGUUUUGUGCAUGGACAGAAAAAUCAUAAUGAUCCGUCCCAAGUUGAGGCUGGCAAAUGAUGGAAACUAUAGGGAGUUUAGAUGGUUCAAGGCAUGGAAACAAAAAUACCAGCUUGUUGAUUUUCAACUCCCGACUGAUGUAGCAGAGGCCAUUUCUCAAACAUCUACUCCUUUUGGCUAUGGUUACGUUCAAUUUUUAGAUGCUGCUGUUGCUGCUGAAGUUUGUGAAGAGCUUUUCUCUCCGGUCCCUCCGCACACUGAGCUUGCGCUUAACGGGGUGGAAGUGUUCUUGAAUGCGAGCGGAAGCCAUCAUCAGUUGAGAAAGCUGAAUCUUCGUGUUCGCGCUUUGGAAUCUGCUACCCAAUCUCUUGGAGGAGUUUAUGUGUAUAGUAAUCACCAAGGAUGUGACGGUGGUCGUCUUUACUACGAUGGAUGUUCUUGUGUUGUUCUCAAUGGAGAUGUCAUUUCUCUGGCAUCACAAUUUUCUCUCAAGGAUGUUGAAGUAGUGACUGCUCAAGUCGAUUUGGACAAGGUCACUAGUCUACGCGGAUCUGUUAUUAGCUUCCAGCAACAAUCAAAGGGCGUACCAACAGUAAAGUCAGUACAAGUGCCUGUCAAUCUGUGUCAAUCUAUAGACCGAAAAGUAUCCCUUUCGAGCCCCAUUAAGAUCAAUUAUCACUGUCCCGAGGAAGAAAUUGCACUUGGCCCUGCUUGUUGGCUAUGGGAUUACUUGCGAAGAAGUGGAGCUUCUGGAUUCUUACUUCCUCUUUCCGGUGGCGCAGAUAGCUCCUCCGUCUCUGCCAUUGUUGGCUCUAUGUGUCAACUUGUUGUCAAAGAGAUUGCUAGUGGAAAUGAACAAGUGAAAGCCGAUGCAGUUCGAAUGGGAUGUUACAGUGAUGGACAAUACCCUACAGAUCCCAAAGAAUUUGUAGGCCGAAUAUUUUACACUCUCUUCCUCGGGACAGAAAACAGUUCCCAAGACACAAGAAACCUUUCAAAGAAACUAGCUGCCGAGGUUGGUUCUAAGCAUUAUAAUCUUACAAUCGACAGCAUGAUUUCACCACUCGUCACCUUCUUUCAGGCACUAACAGGCAAACUACCACGUUUUGCGGUUGAUGGAGGUUCUGAAGUUGAGAACCUAGCAUUGCAGAACAUUCAAGCAAGAAUCAGAAUGGUUAUAGCAUUCUUUCUGGCCUCACUCUUGCCUUGGGUUAACAACAAACCAAGAUACCAUCUUGUUUUGAGUACCUCUAAUGUUGACGAAUCACUGCGCGGUCACCUUACCAAGUACGAUUGCAGCUCAGCAGAUUUAAAUCCUCUUGGAAGCAUGAACAAGACUGAUAUUUGGGCAUUUAUGCGAUGGGGUGCUGUGAAUCUUGGUUAUCCAACUUUAGCUCAAGUAGCAGAUUCUCCACCAAGUGCCGAAUUGGAGCCUAUUCGUCCCGACUACAGACAGACCGAUGAAUUAGACAUGGGAAUGACUUAUGAGGAACUCUCUGUUUAUGGAAAGUUGCGAAAGACAUUCCGUUGCGGUCCUUUUUCAAUGUUUAAGAAUCUGUGUGUUGAAUGGAGUGCAAAAUGUAGUCCGUCGGAGGUGGCUGAAAAGGUCAAACUUUUCUUCUAUUAUUACUCCGUUAAUCGCCACAAGAUGACAACAUUGACACCUUCCUACUAUGUUGAGAGCUAUUCGGCAGAGGACAAUCGUUAUGAUCUUCGUCAGUUCCUGUACAAUAUUUCAUGGCCAUUCCAAUUCCGAAAGAUUGAUGAACUUGUUCAGAAGUUAGAAGAAAACAAAUCAUAGUCAACUGCCCGCGUGCCAUUGGAUUCUAAUGCAAGUGCACAUUAAUAUAAAAGCUUUGGAAAUUAUCAAUUCUUGCCCAAGAAUUAUAUGCCUAAAAUUGUGUGCAAUUCUAAAUAAGGCUUGUAGCCAUAUUUAGUUUUUCAUCUCUGCUUUUUAUGAACUUAUGUAAUGGAUCAUUAUAUCAUUAAUGUCAAUUGUAAGUGCUCAUGCAAUGUAUUUAAGCUAUUUUUUAUUCUUCUUUGAA